AUGAUCACAGAGCUUGGUGAACGUCUUGGAAAAGUAAUUGUUGUGGCUUUUGAUCCUGACAAGCCACAGGUCCAGGAUUAUGUAAGAAUACAAAUUCGCUUUGAUGUCUCCAGACCCCUGAGGAAGACGAUGGUGGUUAAUCUACCGGAGGGUGGAUCAACGAUUGUCAAAUUCAACUAUGAGAGGGUACAAAAGAGGUGUUAUGAGUGUCAAAGAUUGAAUCACGCCCAAGAAGUCUUCCCAAAAAUUGUUAAGAAGCGUAAAGAUGCGGCGUCUGAAAGAAGGCAAAGGAUCCUAUAUGAAAAGAGCUUGGAAGAGAAGAUCAUUGGUCCACAAGACCCUCUCUUUGGAGUUCUAUCUGAAGCUCAAGUGGGUAUCUGUCCGCAGACGGGUAGAAAAAAGAUUUCGACGGAGGUACUUGAUGAAAUGCGGAGAUAUAUGCUGAUGGCUACAGAGAAAGAUAAGCUACUUCGUAUUGAGAGAAUCAAAUCUUCUGUGGCUGAAGCAGAGAAGGACCCACUGCUUCAAAAGACUGUUCUUAGAUUGGAACCUUCACCAGUGUUUACUACUUUUGCUGACAAGGGGAAGGGAAGGGUGUUUGAUCUUGAUCUCAACAAAGAUGUGGAUCCAAUCUUUGAUUCAAAAACUGGAGAAGGAAAACUGAUGGCGUCUGCGAUUCGAGCUAAUAAAAUUGACCUGCCUAGACUGAUGAAGGAUACAUUCUCUACAAGGCAGAAGUUGGAGCUUGAUCAUAGAAAUGUAGGAGUAACUAACUCAGGUCCAAGAUCAUCAUCGGCUCGAAAUGUUUUCAAGGACAGUGGCUCGUAUGCUAGCUUCGAAGGCAACUCAACGGAAUAUGGUCUUGAAUUCUCUGCUGCAAGAUCAUCCGGGGUUGUUCAGAAAACUUCUAGAACAAGACGUCGUCCUCAUAUCCGUAAAAGGCAAGGGAUGAAGGAUGGUGGAUCAAGGAUUCUCUAG